AUGAAUUCAUUCAAAAAUAUUUAUAUAAUGGUUUUCCCUAAAUAUACGAAACACAAAUUUGAUUUUAGUGAUAUAUAUCAUAAUUGUGUAGAAGGAUAUAAUUGGUCAUUCCUCUCUAAUUAUAAUACUGUGGCUCAGGAGUUAACAACACUGUGUAGUUAUUUUAAUAAUAGUAUAUAUGGUUCUUGUAAAGGGAAUUUUUUUCAACGUUGCCAACUUGUUACUUAUUAUUUAUAUUAUAUAAAAAAUAAUAAAUCAUAUGCAUGUUGUAUAUAUUUUUAUUACAAACUAAAAGAUUUAUUGAAUAAUUAUGGAUGCAAAUGUAAUAACCUUAAAAAUUGUUAUGAUGAAAUGGUGAGUCUAAGCAAGAAUUCGAGAUUGGUUAAUCAUAUUUCUUUAUUAUUUUCGCAGUGUAGUGAUUAUCCAUUUCAUCUUGAUGAUGAAAUAUUUUUAUUAAUAUUUAAAAAGAUGGAUGAAGCGUAUUAUAAUUUAAAGGAAUUCACAAAAUACAAACAACCACAAGUUUCGAAAUUUUUGGAUUUUAAUCAAGGGAUGGAAUAUUUAAGAAGUUGUCAAGAUAAAUAUAACUACGGUUUUGAAAAAGUACUUACAUAUUUUAAUAAAUCAAUUAAAGAUUAUUUGGAAGGAUUAGAUAAAAAUAAUUCAUUUGUCAAGGCAUUCUUUAGUUAUGAUUACAUAUCUAGAUAUAUUACAGGAGAAUUGAGCGUAGUAGAUAUAAAGCCACAAAUUCAAGCUAUAACAGGUCAAUAUAUUGGUAGAGAUACUAAUACACAUACUAUCAGAGAUACUAGUACAGAUACUAAUACAGAUAAUGGUACACAAAUAAGUACAGUAGUGACCUUUUCAUUUUUUGCAAUAUUGUUAUAUAUGUUUAUCUUGUAUAAGUACACUUCUCUUGGAUCAUAUUUACAGCCCAAAACAAUGUGGUUAAGGAAAAUAAUGAAAAGAAAAAAUAAAAAACAUAUGAACCAAUUAGAUUCAUAUGAAAAUAUGUACAAUGAAUCAAAUGACAAACAAUAUAAAAUAGCAUAUAGAUCAAUAUGA